UCACGUGUCCGCUUUAGUUCGAUCAUAUGACUUCAGUCGAUAAAAAUGAAAGCUGGGUGCAGCCAGCUUCAACCUGUGGUGCUUAUUUUGAUCUUUAACCUGUGUUUUUACGGGAGUUUUCAGCUGACAGGGCCGCAGGUAAGUCUUUAGUCUGCCAACGUUGUGAGCUGCGGUCUUUACUUCAGUUGGUUAAAUCAAACUCGACUCAGAAAAGCUUGUUUUGAUGUAUGCGCAGCCAUUGCUGUAAGUACUGUUGUUUAGUACUGUUGUUUACAGUCUUGUCUACCUUCUUACACAACCUGUAUUGUUUUGGGCUCACAGGUAUGUGAGCUCUGUGGUGGCUCUGUCCUAAAUGGCUCUGAAGUGGGAAAGUUUUGCGCCUCAUCCGCUGGUCGGAUCAACGGGCGCUGCUGCUUCCAAAAUAACAACACUUAUGGCCCUGAACGCAUCAUCGGGUAGGAGUUCAAUGAUGCCUUCAUGGCGUAUCGUAAUUCUAGAGAAGUAAAAUCCUGGGACUGGAUACCUGAUAACUUGCUUUAUGCAAACCAGUAAUAAACGUGUUUAUGAUUGGUUUAUGUUGUACACAGGUAAAACGCUACUUAACGUAUUUAACUUUAACUUUGAGGAAUGUGCGUAAACACCAGUAUGUAGAUAGAUAGAUAGAUAGAUAGAUAGAUAGAUAGAUAGAUAGAUAGAUAGAUAUACACUGUGCCAAGUUAUGUAGAAAGCUUAGGUCUAAUAUAUUUUUGUGAUAUAUAUAUAUAUUUGUGUGUGUGUGUUUCAGUUUGGAUUUGUCAAAUUGCUCACUGACUCAUGUGGAGGAUCUGCAGGAAGCCUCAAAGGCACUCAUGAUGUACGUGCAAUAAUAUUCACUUUACUUUCGGAAAGACCGUCUCUGUAGAUGAUAAAACAUUUUAUAUUUGAUCAUGCAAAAAUAACAGGUUAGGUGUGCUCAAUUGCCACACAACAAAAACUGCUAAAAUAUAAGUGCUUUUGAAAACACACAGAUAUCAUUAUUCAAAGCUUUGGACUGUAUUGUCCACACCAAUUUGGUAGACAUGGCCCAGUCACAAUGAAAAGAGAGAUGUAAAGCUGGAAUGUUGAAAACACAGUAAGAACACUUUCAGUAUGUAAGAGAGAGUCUUUUUAAUGGCUGAAUGGUACAGUUUGUCUUUGUACUUACUAAACUGUGUUUGCAGAGACCUCUCCCUCAAUCCCCUCGUCAACAUCAGCGAUGCAGUUUUUCAAGGAUUUAUUGAGUUAAAUCACAUGUAAGUAAAGUAAAAAAAACACCAAUUAAACUGAGAGAACUGCUCAUGGAAUUACUUUGAGAUUGAAUUUUUGUGUCACUGUAGGAUUUUACCACAAGAAAUAUUUUGUCCCGGAGGCAACACUUCCUGGGAAAAGGUUGAGGUCAACGAGGGAAACCGUAUCUGCCAAGGCCAGAAAGAUGUGUGCAAUCAGACUGGACAGCUGUGUAAGUUUCCAUCCCUCAAUUUUCCAUGGGGACAUCAGUCUUAAAUUUAGUGGCUUUCUUGUUCAUGUGACAUCUGUUUGUCUCAUAAUUGUUGACGAUCCACAGCCAUUGAAUGCCCAGAGAACUCCCUCUGUGGUCCCUAUGGUCCUGGCUUCUUCGAGUGCAGCUGUGCUGAAAACUAUCACGGAUACAAAUGUCUCAGAGAGGUCAGCUUUCAACUACGCUUCUACUUUAUGAUGUACUCUCUCACUCAGCUUAAUGUUGGUUUUGUUUUCUAAUUUUUUAUCUUAUCAACAGGGGGAGUUCCCAGCUCUGCAGGUGUUCGGGCCUCUUGGAGCUUCCACAGUCGUGCUCUCUUUCCUGCUGUGGUUCACUCAGAGGCGAAAGGUCAAGCCCCUCUAAAGGUUGGACUACAGCCUCCUUUCUCAUCUGCAAUGAUCUACUGAGCUGAAACUGACUGUUCUGAAAGGGAAAACUGACUAAAAGUCUGCUAUUCAAUUUUGACUUAAUUUUACUCCCUGUGCGGAGUAGCUACAUUUCAUCCAGGGACGACUAGAAGGACGGCAGUAUGCAGUAUUGGUGCAAUUUUGGACAGGGAACUAAUGUUACCCCAGAUUUUUUAAGUUGUUAAAUUUGUUGGCAGUUAUACUAUUGUUAAAUUAUUUCUUAAAUGCAGUGAACAGAGGCAAAAUACUAAUGAAGAAGUGUUAUUUUAGGGAGAUUUUAAAGAUUUGCUGUGCCAAACAUGUGCUGGGGUCCAGUAAAAAAAAGGUUUAUUUUUAGGAGGGAAAUUUGUACAGUGUGGAAAACUAUCUGCUUGUAAAACCAUAAACUUUUAAUUUUGACCGAGCUGUAUGCUUUAAAAUGAUACAUUAUUAAAUAUGAGUCAAAAGUGAGUUUAGCUACAAUGGGUUUAUAUGUAGCUGUCGCCUGCUGUUACAAUUUCUUACAUAUUUUGACUCAGUGUUUGCCUUUUGUCGUGGUACACUCCACAGUCUGUUCUGAAGUUGGGCCUUGUUGUUAAAUCUUUGUGGUAUUUUGAUUUUAAUGUUGUGCAAGCAGUUGAUUCAAGGUUAAACACAGAAGACAAAUUGCUUUGCAUGAAAUAUGCACACCUGUUAAGGACUAGUAAACUGAAUACAUGUUGACUUAUGCACUGACUGCUGACUUAACACUGUUAAAGAAACACUCAGUGUGUAGCUGCCCAUAAAAUGCUGGGUUUUUAUUUUUCAAGUUUUUUUUUUUCCUCUUUUUUUGUGUUUCAAUUGUGCCAAAAUGAAAUUUAAAGCAUGUUUGUAUCAUGUGUUGAUUUUUUUGGACAUGAUAAUAAAUGAUCUUUGAGUUCUUUUACCAAAUUA